UCGUGAUCAAAGGAUGCAUGAAAAAGUUCUCCUACGGAUCACAAAAUUUCCUAUCAACUAGACUGCUGCUGCUGCUGCUACUACUAAUCUUUCUCACUACAUCACUUGUAUUUCGCACAUACUGAUAUCUCUCCUUUAAGAAAAAACAAUGGCGCCAGGACGAAAGAUUUGGGCUGUGGAAUUGGCGGUGGUGAUGCUUGGAGUGUUGGCUAUGGCACAGCAGUCCAUGCAAUACCUUCUUCCUCGGUAUGCCCAUAGGAACAGAGACGAAGCUUCAGCUUUCGGUAUCAUUGUCACUUCCAAGGUCUCCGAAAGGGCACUUAAUAAGUCUAGUUUAUUCCUUCCAACUUCAUAUGUUGACUUGUUUGGAAGAAGAUUUGUAAGUGGGACUAUUUAUGGAUCUAAUGUUGUGUAUGUGAGAAGUGCUGGCUCUCCUUCGCUACAUGUUGCUGUAACACUGCAAAUUAUGGCCAUGAACUUCAACCUUCGAGGAAUCAUUCAUUAUGGAAGUGCUGGAGCCACCAACGAAACACUGGAACUUGGCACUGUUCAUGUUCCUGCCCUUCUUGCCUUCUUAGGAUCUUGGGAAUGGCUGAGCAAAGACUCGAAAACCAAAGGCCAGCUUGAUAUUGGAGAUUUCAAUUAUCCAGUGAAUGGUGAAAAUUUGUUGGGAAGUGUAAAAUAUGAUAAUAUAGAAGUGUAUGUUGAGGACACGUUAGAGGAGCAUUUCUGGCUGCCAGUUUAUCGUGAAUGGCUUUAUUAUGCUGCUAAGAUUAAGGAGGUUGAGUCAAGGGAAAACUGCAUCAUUCCGUCGCCAUCGAAUUGCCUACCUCCACCAUAUGAAGUGGUAGUUGGACUGAAUGCUUCUAGUUCUGAUACUUACGUUAAUAACCCCGCAUACAGAGAGUUCCUCUACAAGACUUUCAGGGUUUCAACUGUUGAUACAUCUGCUAUUGCUGUUGCACUGGGAGCUUAUUUAAAUGAUCUGCCUUUCAUUGUAUUCCAUGGAGUUUCAAACAAGGCAGGUGCUGGAAAUUCAACAAGAGCAAGCACUUUGGCCAGCACCAAUGCUCUGAAAGCUGCAGCCCGUUUCAUUUGGCUGCUAACUGUGCCACGUGCAGCUCAUUGGGUACUAGUGAAUUUGUAAUAUGGCCAGCUUUGUCCCUUUUGACUGAAUACUACUUAUUGAGUUUAAAUAAGGGUUGGCCAAAUCUGCUCAUUGAGUACCACUUAAACUAUUAUUAAUUA